ACGAGAUACUGGAUUGCGGGAUGGAGUAGUAUCAAUGGUCCCCGGAUUGGCAGAGGCCGUGUUCCAAAUUACAGGGCAUCAAACACGCAACAGUCCUUCCGGGGUCCUGGGGCAGCAGUGGCCAGGUCUGCGAAGCUCCAUCCAGAGGAAGGCGUCUCCUGGUCGUGAUUCAAGGUGUGUAUUCCUCAGAGGAAAACUAAGUCUCGUUGAGCACAUUAACCUUCUCCCCAGGACGUGUCACUAUCUCACCUGCAAUCCACAAUGAAGCCUCCCGUCUUCUAUCUCAUCAGUGGCCUCUGGCCUCUCUUGCUACCUCCGGUGGUGCUCUCAGUACUUGCUCAUGUCGCGAAGGACCAGACGGGGUUUGCUUUGCCCACACCCGUCGUCGUUAUCCUCUGCAUCCUGAGUAUUCCCGCAACUUUCGUCACGGUGAACUUCAUCGUUAUGCGCGCUCAGAUGCAGAGGGCAGCGAAGCUCGGUUCAGCCCUUCCGCCUCAAUGGGAAGGAAAGUGGAUCGGAAACCUCGACGUGCUCAUUCGCUUCCUCAAAGCGUGGAAGGAGGGCUACAUAGGCGAUCGCCAUCUCGACGGAGUCACGAAGCUCGGUUCUGUCCUUGGACAUCGCUUCAUGGGCGAUUACGCGACAUUCACGACGGAGCCCGAACACAUCAAGAUCAUCCUUGCGACGGACUUCAAUAACUACAUCAAGGGCAAACGAUUCCGAGUCGCUAUGGAGUCUGUCUUAGGUUCCGGCGUCUUCAAUUCCGACGGAGACAUGUGGAAGUUCCACCGCGGAAUGACUCGACCUUUCUUUGCGCGCGACCGCAUCAGUCACUUCGCGAUAUUUGACAGGCACGCAGAGGACCUCGUCGCUAAGCUGAAGGAACGCCUGCGCGGUGGGUACCCUGUGGACUUCCAGGACGCCAUCUCGCGCUUCACCCUGGACUCCGCCACGGAGUUCCUCUUUGGCGCCUGCGUGAACUCGCUCUCCGCCGGCCUGCCGUACCCGGGCGACGCGUAUGCCGGGCACGCAAAGGCGUCCGACGACCCCGCGGAGAAGUUCGCGCGGGCGUUCGCGGAGGCGCAGUACGUCGUCGCGGGGCGCAGCAACACCGGCGAUGCCUGGCCGAUGUUCGAGCUCGCGGGCGACAGGUCGAAGAGGCCGAUGGCGGUCGUGAAUGCGUUCAUCGAGCCUGUGGUGAACAGGGUGCUUGCAAAACAUCAGCAGAUGAAGGCGGAGCGUGAGGCGGCCAGUCAUAGCAGCAAGGAGGAGAUCGAAGACCACGAUACUCUCCUGGACUACUUGGUCCGGCAGACAUCCGACGUCUCUGUCUUGAAGGAUGAGACUCUGAACAUGUUGGUAGCUGGACGUGACACGACUGCUGGUCUCUUGACCUUCACCGCGUAUUUCCUCGCGAUGUAUCCGAACGUCAUGGCUCGUCUGCGUGAAGAGGUGCUUUUGACGGUAGGUCCCUCCGCACAGCCGACAUUCGACAACAUCAAGAAUAUGAAGUACUUGCGUGCUGUGUUGAACGAGACUCUCAGGUUGUAUCCGUUGGUACCUUGGAACGUCCGGGAAUCGGUGCACGACACGACCUGGCCCUCUCCGCAUCCCGACGGUAAACCGAUAUUCAUCCCCGGUGGUACGAGUGUAAUCUACUCUGUGUUCAUGAUGCAGCGACGCAAGGAUCUGUGGGGGCCUGAUGCCGAGGAGUUCGAUCCGGAGCGAUUCCUCGACGAGCGUGUCAAGAAGUACUUGAUACCUAACCCGAUGAUCUUUGCUCCCUUCAAUGCCGGUCCCCGUAUCUGCCUUGGUCAACAGUUCGCGUACAACGAAGCGAGCUUCGUCUUGAUACGACUUCUCCAACAGUUCUCCGAAUUUCGCCUCGCAACAGAGUUCCAGCCGCGCGAGACCCAUCCGCCGGCUGACUGGGCCUCCUGUGAAGGUCGGAAGGGGAUUGAACAAAUCUUCCCUCGUAGCCACCUUACUGCAUACUCCUAUGGCGGUUUGUGGCUUACGAUGACUGAAGCAGACGAUUAGACUGCGGCGGGCGAAGGGCGGUGAUCGGCUCCUCUUUCUGGAUCGACUAGAAUCCAGUUGUUUUGCAGAGGAGAUGCGUCGUUGACAGAUGUAACAAUCAUAUAGUACUCAGGCAAUGUCACCCUCUCGAGCUAGUGUG